AUGGAACCUGUUGUAUUUGGAAGAUGUGUGUUUAAGGAUAAGACUGUUUCGAUUCCACUUCAAAGUGACUGUACUCUAAUGGUUUUCGAUUAUGAUAUAUAUUCAAGAUUUAAUGAGCUCAAGGUUGGGGCUUUUGAGAUGACUUACCUUGUGUCGGAUCAUCCUCCAUUUGUACUAGAGACCAACUUAGAUGAGUGCUUGUUGCCUGACAGGCAAAACGGUGUUGAUGAUGUGUUUAUUGGUGAAGGUGAUACACAUACUGCUGAGAACGAUUUCAUUGGAAAAUAUGCAGUACCAUAUGGUCAUACAUACUUCUCUCAUUCAUGGAAGAACUACAUCAAUCAUGUGGGCAAGAAGUUUACAGGUGGGGUUAUUGAGUUUAUAGAAAAAUUGUGCAAGUAUGCCAUUGAGAAAGGUUAA